UCACGGCCCCAACGCCUCCAACGACAUCGGCAUCCCAUCGCCCACUGCGAUGCCCCCACCAAUCUGCUCAGCCCUGCUGUCGUCCUCCGACGUCCAUGGUCUCACCGUCAGUCGAUAUCCGCCCGCCCAACACGUCAGGGGAACGACCCUCGUCUGCCGACGGCCGUUGAUGUCGCACACGUGCCAGUACACGUAGGCCUCGUUGGCCCGCCCGGCGACCUUGUGCAUACCCCCUCCCUUAGUGUGUAGCUGGCGCUCGCUUAUCAGGUUCACUGGGCAGUCGGGGGCGACGUACACAGUCAGCUUCAUCGGGAGCUCAGUGUCGUUCUUGUCGGUGACCAUGAAGAGCGCCUCGCCUUUGCUCUCCAGCUGGAGGUUCUGGCCCUCGAUGGCUGUCUUGAUGUUGAGCCCUGGGGUCGGUCGCUCGGUGCCCUCGAUGAUGAAUGAUCUGUCCGUGACGAUGUGCAUCGAGGCGCCACCAUCCACGGUGGCCUCGACCUUGCCUCCCCCCAGCAGCAGAGCGGCUCGCUCAUCGUCAGACAGCACCGGCAGCUCCAGUCGAUCCUUGUCGAAGUCGAAGUGAGCGUCUGGCGCGGCCGUGAAGUCGUGCCCGACCAUCAACUCACACAGGGUGUAGUAGGCCGACUCGUCUGGGCCGGUGUUGGUGGGUGGGGAUGGUGGAUGGAGUGGUGUGGGUGUCUCGUCGGGUGCUGGUGCGGGUCCGGGCUCGUCCGAGACGGCAAGCCUGACGGUAUGGCCACCCCCACCUCUGCCCUUGCCACCACCCGUCUGUUUGGGAGACCACCUGGGUGGUAGGUUGGCGAAGCGGCCACCUCUCUGGAUGAGCUCGGCUCGGUGCUUGAAGCAUUCGUAGUACACGUGGCCUCCCUUGCCACACCGCGGGCACUUGUUCUCGACCGUCCUCUUGUCUAUCUCCUCCUGCGACACCAGACCGUCGCUGGCCUUGGGCCUCGGGAGGCUCUCGUGCUUGCCGUGCCCUGGCGCCUUGUUGCCCCCACCAGACGCGUUGCCCCCACCAGACGCUGACGCAGAGGUCUGCUGCGUCUGCUGGCUCGCACCGCUGCCCUUGGGGGUCCACUUUUGGCCCCGGGGAGGCGUGCCUGACGCGUACGUGGGCUGGUUGGCCUGUCGGUUGCCGCCGCCGCCACCUUGUGCUUGUCGUCCUUGCCCCCCACCUGACUUGUGGUUGGCCACCAUGGCCGUUCCCUGCUUGUCAGUGCCGCCGGGCAGCUGCAGGUAGUCGAGGUUGGGGUUCUCGUUCCGCUCCUGACGGAUGAGUUGUGUGGACAGCUCCUCCAUGGUAAGAGGGCGGAGGCGACGCAGGCCUGCUGCCUCGGCCUGGGGGUUGUUGUCUAUCAUGUCGCUGAGUUGGUGUCUCGCCGUCUUUAUCAGCUUGACGUUGGGCAACAUGUGAGUCGGCAGGGUGUCCUUGAAGCGCUGCAGGCGGGUCUCUUCCAU